AAUGAACAACAUCACAGACAACAACCAAUCGUACAAUCAGGAGCAAAGAGGAGAUAUCACUGGUAACCAGCAGGCUUAUGAUCAGACUCAAAGAGCUGGUUUCCAGCCCUCUUCUACUGAACAGAACAUUAGCGUUGGUCAAGAUCAAAGAGGUUUCCAGCCCCAGAAUGUCGGAAACAUCCAAGAUCAGGCAUUCGCUCCUCAAAAGUCCUCUCAAAUGGAUCCUGCUCAAUUCAUGCCUGGUCAAGACAAUAUUCAGCAACAGGGCUACGAACAACACAAGUCCAACCUCGAUAGCAGCAUUCCUCGAGGUGCUACUGAUUCCCAACAAACUUACGGACAGACAGGAGGCAAUUUCGGGCAGAACGUUUCCACUGGUGGCAAUGUUCAGCAACAGCCUUCCCAACAACACAGAUCCAACUUGGCUUCAAGCGUUCCCACUAGUGGAAAUGCUCAGCAACAAGCCUAUGAUCAGCAUACAUCCAACCUAGAUUCCAAUGUCCCUACUGGUGGAAACGUUCAGCAACACGCAUACGAUCAGCACAAGACCAACCUUGAUAACGGUGCUUCCGCUGGUGGCAACAUUCAACAACAAGCAUAUGAUCAACACAAGUCUAACCUCGAUAGCAAUGUCCCCGCAGGUGGUGAAAUUCAGAACCGAGCUUACGACCAGCACAAGUCCAACCUUGACAGCAAUAUUCCCGCAGGUGGUGACAUCCAGAAGAAGGCUUAUGAUGAGCACAAGUCCAACCUCGACAGCAGUGUUCCCGCAGGUGGUGAUAUCCAGAAGAAGGCUUACGAUGAACACAAGUCCAACCUCGACAGCAGUGUUCCCGCAGGUGGUGACAUUCAGAAGAAGGCUUAUGAUGAGCAUAAGUCCAACCUCGAUUCCAAUACCCCCACCAGCGGCAAUGUUCAGAAGCAAGCCUAUGACGAACACAAGUCCAACCUUGACAACAAGAACACCACCACUCACAACACCACAUCUGAUCAAGUUAUCAAUGAUCCUCAUGUCGUCAAGACAACUGCUCGCGAAGAGAAGAUUGGAGGUGUUAUCGACAAGCUUGUUGCUAAGGUAGAGAAUGUGCUUGGCCUCAAGGACAAGUCUGAGAUCCGUCAAGCUACUGGUGUGGCAAAGACUGAGCAUGCCAAGCAGACUAAGCAGACUGGCGAGUUCAAGCCUUCCGAAAUCCCCAAGAAAAACGAUAUUGCAGCCGCAUAUAACAAUGGCGAAGAUGUCUCCAAUAUCAGCAACUCCAACAAGGUUUCCAAUGAACAAGCCUACGAUGCUCAAAAGCAGAAGUUUACCACUGAACAUGUAGGUGACGCAUCUCGCGACACUGCCGCCGUUCACCCCACCGAUAACAACCCCGUCGGAGCCAAUGUUCAGAAGAAGGCUUAUGAUGAACACAAGGCUUCCAUCGACAGACAGCAAACCAGCGAUCAUCUCCAGAGCAACGCCGCUGCUGGUGGUCAAAAUGUUCGUGAUGCUGACCGCAAGUCUGCUGAAGCUGCUCUUGGCGCCGGCAAGCACGAGAACGAUUUCUUUGGGGAUAACAACACACCCGCUACGGCUGGUAACAUCACCUCUACCACCAAUCAGGCUCCUGCUGAGCAUGUAGCUUCAAACACUGCUCAUGCUGCUCCUGGAAAUAUCACUUCUACCACUGACCAUAAUGCCGGUCAACAACUCCCCACCCAGGUUUCCUCUAAUCCCGGACAACAACGUCAGAUGCCUGGCGCAUUUUAAUUAGUCAAACUGCAUUGUCUCAAAGCAUGAAAAAAAUUGAUACUGUAUAUGUUUCCCACAAACCCAUCAUAUCUAAAACCUACUCUUUUGUCAAAUAAACCUUACUUCAAUAGCUUGUAAACAAUA